AUGUUGGAACGUGAAGAUGCGGAACUGCAAAGUAAAUGGGACUGCCUUCGUUCUGCAUGGGAGAAUCAUCGUAUAGCUGGCGUGCAAAUUCCCGUGUUGGCUCAUUGUUCCAUGCUUGGAAAGAGUCUUGCAGCCGUCACAACCGUGACUGACACAGGUUGUGAAUAUUCCUCUCCAGUUCACUCGACAUGUCCUCCCGCAGUUUCCGAAGCACGUUUGCCACAGCCUACGGCGUGCCGGUCUUCCCUCAAGUCGUCGGUCAGCUCUGCCGAUGUCUACAGGCGGUUCUUGGUUCCUCCGUAUCUUCAAGGCUCAUCGGUGCACGGCGGUCGUCUCGCCGAUCAGACCGUCAAACAACAGUUGCCAUCUAAGUUGUUGAAAGAUGACAUGUUUAAUUCAAUAUCGGCCAAAUUUCCAGGCACUGUCAAAGAAAAGAAGAAAAAGAAAUCGAAAGCAAAGGAAGACACGUCGAGUGGCGACGCUGCUUCGAGAAACACUUCCGGUGGUAAACAAAAAAAAUGA